AUGGCCACUUCCGCACAGCCAAAUAAAGCAAAUCAUGAAGGCGUUUCGUGCGAUGGUUGUAUGGCUCCAAAUUUUGCUGGAAAUCGAUAUAAAUGCUUGAGAUGCUAUGAUUUUGAUCUCUGUCAUACUUGUUACAUAUCGAAAAGGUACAAUCCACCGAUUCCUUCUGAUGGACAAUCUACUCAACAUACUGAUGCUCAUCCAGUGUUAUGCAUACUCACUCAACGAGAUUUUGAAUUGCUAUAUAUGGAUGAUCAAUCAAAAAAUUACUUGCAAUGUAAAAUUGCGGUGAUCACGUGUCCAUAUUGUGGACAGACUGGCUUCAGUCACACGACUUUCUUCGAACAUCUACAAAGAGAACAUCAUGAACCACCACAAAAUCUCAAUGUGAAUUGCCCUCUUUGUAUUGCUUGCCCAGAUUAUGAUGCGAAUCGAGAGGUCGAGAACUUGUAUAAUCAUUGGACAAACACUCACACAACUUUUGAGCCCACUGGAACAAUGCAACGAGACAAUUCGAGAGCAUUGAGAAGACCGACGCUUGGUGUACGAAGGAUACCCCGACAACCUGCCGAACGCCGAGGUCACCCAACGCAGAGGACGUUACAACGGCUUUAUGCUGAAGUUCUUGCCGACAAUGGUGUGCCAGGCGCAGGUGUUGGAACAGCAGUACAACAGCUAUACAAUGGUUUGGGCGCUUUACCAUGGACAAGCGAGUUGGUCGAUGUGGAUGACAUGUUUCGAAUGGCAACUCUCAACAGAAAUUUGCCAAAUCUCCCAACUGAUUUCAACGCCACGCCAACUGAGGGAUUGCGAAUCACUCAAAUCACUCAAAUACCGACUAAUGCUACCACUUCCGGUUUGAUUCCCACUUUCCGUUCAACUGUAAAUGCUAGAGCCCACGCUUCCACAAACAAUGAAUACGCAGCUCCGUCAUCGUCUCGACAACCCAAUAAUACUCGAGGCUCGGCUAUAACUUCUGUUCAAGUGAUUCGCUCUUUAGGAUCCACUUCCAUAUAUCCAAGUGUUCAAGAAAAUCUUGGAGAAGAGAGAAAUGUUAUCCAAAAUCUUGUUUUCGAUGUUGAGGAUGAAGAAGACUCGAGUUUCGAUGAGGCCAACGACGAACAGGAAUUUGAGAGUGCGGAAGAAAGUGCUGUAGAUGAGAUGGGAAUCGAUACAGCUUAUUCAGAUUUAAGGCCCACGGCUGGUGUUCCAAUCAAUGAAGCUCCAAGAAUCAUCGCAGCGACAGAUAAAUUGAUCUCUCCUGAAUAUCCAAUCAAUGAGGAUGAAAAGCGAUCAAGAAAUUUGGGCGGAGAGUUUAUUUGGGACAGUGAGACUGAGGAGAGUGAAACCGAACAUGAUGAGUUGAUGAGCAGUCUUGAUGGUGGAAAACAAUCAAGCAUCAAUCAAGAUCCCCAAUCGUCGACGAGUUUUUCGGAUGAGAAAUUUGAUGGUAUUAAUCCGUUACAAGAAUUGCGAAAGGUUUGCUCAGACUCGGAAUGGGCCACAGUGAUGCAUGCGGCUUUUGAAGAAGAGCAUUCAGAAAGUGAGGAUCGAUUGGAUACUCCAAAAGCACACUUGGCGAGGUCACAAAGCAGUGAGUUUCGAGAUCCACAGUGCUGGCUCACUGUGCAAAUCGAUACCAGUCAGCUCCAAUUCACAGCCACUCCUCAACACUGGCGGGAUACGCGCUUUUUAAAGCAAAAAAAAAUGAACCGAGAGUUGAGUGUUGUGAGUGACAUUGAACGAGUGAUUGAGCAAGAUGAGAUUGCUGAGUCAAUAAUACGGUCGGCUUUACCGACUUUGUUAUCCGGACGAGAGCUUAAUUCGACUUCGAUUAGUAUAAGAAAUGCUCUCUCAAAUGUCGAUGUUUGGAAAUUGAGUCAAAACAGCAAAACGGAUACGGUGAAGUUGAAAAACCCUGAGGACAAUGUGGAAACAAUGCAUCAAUUGCUUCAAAGUGAAGCAUUGGCACUUGGAAGUAGCCAUGGAUUAGUAUCCAGCAGUAGCACAGAGAUCGCUCAACCUAGUCAAACAGAGAAAAUCUCUGACGAUUCAGCGGGAAGAUCCGAUGAAGAUCCAAUUCACUUU